ACUUUUUCUCCUGCCACAGGUUGUGAGGUAGACUGGUGUGGGCAGCAUGGGCCGUGGAGUGGAGAUGACAGGCUGUGGCAAGUUUGUCCGCUUCCUCAUGUUCGCUAUCAACUUUAUUAUUUGGGUAUCGAGCAUAGUAAUAUUAGUGUUAGGAAUAUGGACAGUUGCGGACCGACCAUACUUAGAGCGGCUGCUGGGAAGUGAAAUGUACAUGACAGCUGCUUAUAUUCUUAUUGGCACUGGCUGUGUCACAUUCUUCGUCUCUUUUCUUGGGUGCUUUGGUGCCCUCAGAGAAGUUAAAUGUAUGCUGCUCACUGUAAGCAUUUGAACU